AUGGGUGUCUACACGGGCUUUGACAUGGUUCCACGCCUAUCACAAGUGCUGGUAGACAAACACAAUUGGGAAAGAUUCUUGAGCUGCAUCAGAGAGCGUUACCAAAACGACGAUCAAGUCGAAGUGAGGCCUAACUACAUUGCGUUCAAGUCCGACCCAAACCUGCUGCUUCCAUUUGAAUGUCACAAGUUCUUGCGUUUUGGCGCAACGAUCUCGAAUGAGGACUCCGGUGGGUUGAAGAACUACAUCGAUACUGUUAGCCGGGUAGCCGGUGCCUGGUUCGGAUCGAGAGCUUAUUGCUGGGAUGAGAGCUCAGGGAUACCGGGUCACUAUAGCUGGGACGACGUGAAACGCUCGAUUAGAUCGUACGAGCAGAUCGACGAACCGAAAAUACCUGCCACCUUAGCCGGAUUUAUGGUCAGUGCCAAUCCAAUCAGUAAGCUCAAUCCACUUUACGAAAUACAACCAGUGCCGGGGAAGGGACAAGGCCUCGUCGCACGCUUCAACAUUGUGAAAGGACAAUUGAUAAUUUCAGAGAAGCCGUUGUUCACAACCUCCAACGUUACAAGUGCAAUCACGAUGGAAAAACAAAUUGCGAUAGAACUGCGAAAGCUACCAAAGGACGCUCAACGCCAGUUUCUUUCCUUGCAUAACAACUUCCCGGGAAAGCAGCCGUUCAGUGGCAUUGUCCGAACAAACGCUCUACCAUGCGGCGCUGAAUCUUCCAUUGGAGGCAUCUAUCCUACCAUCUCGCGGAUCAACCACAGCUGUCUGCCUAACGCACAUAACAGCUGGGAUAGUGCUUCGGGACAUGAAAAUAUCUAUGCCGUUCGAUUCAUUAGGGCGGGAGAUGAGGUCACUAUCCCAUACGACCAUGGGGGUCCCUCAGACGAGCGACGUAGUCAUCUAAAGGAUGCAUUCGGCUUCGAUUGUGAUUGUCGCACCUGCUCAAGACAACCGGAGGAGCUACAGCAGAGUGACGAGCGCCGGCGCCAGAUCCAGCUCCUUGACGCCGCGAUUGGUAAUGGGUCCCGGGUGCUGCAAACCCCCAAGGGCUGCCUCAAAGACUGUCAGGCCCUUCUCCAAAUCCUUGAGGAAGAGUAUGAAGGUAGUCCAGGUGCUCAUCUUACAAGGCUUUACUAUGAUGCAUUCCAGAUCAGCAUCGUGCACGGCGACCAAGCGCGAGCUAGAGCUUUUGCAGAGCGGUCAUACAAAGCAAGAGUGGCUGCUGAGGGAGAGAACAACCCGGAAACAAAAAGGAUCCAGAGGCUGAUGGAAGAUCCAACAAGACAUAACAGUUUUGGAUUGUCAAUGAAAUGGAAGAGUUUGAAGGACCAGGUGCCUCGGGAGUUAGGUUCGGAUGAGUUUGAGAAGUGGUUGUGGAGACAGGGCAAAUAG